AUGUUGAUCAAAGGCAGCAGAAGAGUUGUUCAAGAGCACUUGUUGUUCCUAUUAGAGAAUUGCAACAGCGUAAACGCCCUCAUUCAAAUUCACACACAAGUACUUCUCAAUGGUCUCUCUCACAAGAACAUUAUAAUCGCCAAGCUUCUUUCCUUCUACAUUGCCUCUGGCGAUCUCCGACAUGCCCACCACCUUUUGGCCAAAAUGAACAACCCAACAACCAUCGUUUGGAACCACGUCAUCAGAGGUUACGCCCGCAGCCACAUGCCUUGGAAAUCGGUCCAAUGUUACACCCACAUGCUGUCUUCUGAGGCUCAGCCGGAUGGGUUCACGUACUCGUCUCUCCUCAGUGCAUGUGCGCGAGGUGGGUUGGAAAAAGAAGGGGAACAGCUGCAUGCCACGGUUUUAGUAAAAGGGUAUUGCUCCAAUGUCUUUGUGGACACAAGUUUGAUCAAUUUCUAUGCGAGGCGAGAUGGCGUCCAGCGAGCGCGCCAUGUGUUUGACGAUAUGGCGGAGAGAAGUGUUGUUAGCUGGAAUUCUAUACUUGCUGGGUAUGUCAGGUGUGGCGAUUUUGAUGGGGCUUUGAGGGUUUUUGACAUGAUGCCAUGUAGGAAUGUUGUGUCUUGGACCACCAUGGUUUCUGGGUGUGCUCGGAAUGGGAAGUGCAGACAGGCUUUGUUGUUGUUUGGUGAGAUGAGGAGGGCUCGUGUGGCGUUGGAUCAGGUGGCAUUGGUGGCGGCUUUGUCUGCUUGUGCUGAAUUAGGGGAUCUGAAGUUGGGAAGAUGGAUCCAUUGGUAUGUUCAACAAUGGUUUGUUGCCAGGAACGAACAACCGUCAGUGCGCUUGAACAAUGCACUCAUACACAUGUAUGCUAGUUGUGGAAUCAUUCACGAAGCUUAUCAACUGUUUGUCAAGAUGCCUUGGAAAAGCACUGUGUCUUGGACUAGCAUGAUCAUGGCUUUUGCGAAACAGGGACUGGGGAAGGAAGCCCUUGAUACGUUUAAAACCAUGCUUAGUGACGGUGUGGGAGUAAAUGGAGUAAGUCCUGAUGAAAUCACCUUCAUCGGAGUUCUCUGUGCUUGUAGCCAUGCAGGGUUUGUGGAUGAAGGGCGCCAAAUUUUUGCAUCCAUGAAGCAUACUUGGGGAAUCAACCCGAGGAUUGAACACUAUGGAUGCAUGGUUGAUCUGUUGAGCCGUGCUGGAUUCUUAGAUGAAGCACGUGGACUAAUUGAAACUAUGCCCUUAAAGCCUAAUGAUGCCCUUUGGGGUGCCCUUCUUGGUGGUUGUCAUAUUCACAAGAAUUCAGAUCUAGCAUCACAAGUGGAAAACAAGUUAGUACCCGAGCUCAGCGUUGAUCAAGCUGCAGGCUAUCUUGUGCUUUUGUCAAACAUAUAUGCCUUUGGUCAAAGGUGGCAGGAUGUCAUUACAGUGAGACAGAAAAUGAUCGAGAUGGGUGUGAAAAAGCCUCCCGGCAGAAGUUGGAUCCAAAUUAAUGGAGCUGUCCAUAAUUUUGUUGCGGGUGACAUUACUCAUAAGCAUUCAUAUUUUAUCUAUGAAAUCCUGUAUGAUGUCACAAAGCAAGCCAAUUUGGAAGGCUAUGAAUCAAAGAUAAAUAUUUUCUUGGAUAUUGAAUUGUAA